AUGAUUAUCUGCCAUUUCUGCACGUGACAGAUGCUAUUUAAAAGAGCGACUCUGACAAUCAUCCUGGUUUUCAGGGUUUUAUUCCUGAUGGCGGUUCUCGGGGUUUUGGUUGCUCUUUCUGUUCUGCUGGAGGUCAGCUCUGCCACCUCUCUCGGGGUUGUGUCCACCGAGGGAGGGUUGGUGUCGGGUCAAAACCUUCUCCUGGGCUUCUUUCGCUACAUGGACGUUUUUAAAGGCAUUCCCUUCGCUGACAUCCCUGGAAGGUUUGAGAAGCCAAAGCAACACCCAGGCUGGAGCGGUGGGUGACCCUAACACAGCRUC